GAGAGCCUCACAGGAGAAGGAUGAACCCUUAACUCUGCUGGAAGGACGGAAGGAAGGAACACUCAUCCAACGAGAGGAAAAGAAGCACGGACAGAGCUGGAGCAAAACGCUGACUGCCAUAAAAAAAACAACAAGAACCCCGUGGCAGCAGCAGGAGAAGCAGCGGCGGAGGAGAUCCAGACUUUCUUUAAGUCUCCAAAAUUUACCUGUUUCACCCCUCCAUCAAAUGAUCCGAAAGCGGCAACUUUCACUUCCAAGAGGCGGAUGGGUGACUUUCCACGUUGCUUUGUGAGGAGGAGAUGAUGAAGAAUUUCGGCAGCAGUCCCCCUCACAACAGCAACAACCACCAGACUCCCAACCACAUCAGAGAGCGACACCACCGAAAGCACGGCUUGCUCUGCGCUCUACCGUGGCGCUUCUCCUUGCGAGGUUAUGGUUUCUGCAUGGCUGCGCUCUUCCUCUUCUGCUUCGGCUCGCUUUGUUACCAGCUGAACGGCGGGGCUCCAAGAAUCCUGCUGGACAUCAGGCAGUAUCUCGGGGAAUCCACGUAUCUGAAUGACCACGGACCACCUGCUCAGAGAGUGCUCCCGUUUCCCAGCCAGGUGGUUUAUAACCGUGUGGGGAAGUGCGGCAGCCGGACAGUGGUCAUCUUACUGAGGCUUUUGGCUGAAAAACAUAAGUUCAACCUCGUCUCUUCUGAUAUCCAUAAUAAAACACGUCUCAUGAAACAGGAACAGGUGGAUCUAGUGAAGAACAUCAGUAAGAUCCCUCAGCCAUUUCUCUACACAAGACAUGUUCACUUCAUGAAUUUCACCAGGUUCCGGAUAGAGCAGCCUGUAUACAUCAACAUAAUCCGGGAUCCUAUAAGCCGGUUCCUCUCCAACUAUUUCUUCCGUCGCUUUGGUGAUUGGAGAGGGGAGCAGAACCACCUCAUCCGAACACCAGGGAUGAAAGAUGAUGAGCGAUACCUUGAUAUAAAUGUGUGCAUUCUCGAGAAUUACCCUGAGUGCUCCAAUCCUCGAGUUUUCUACAUCAUUCCCUAUUUCUGUGGACAACAUCCUAAGUGCAGAGAACCUGGAGUGUGGGCUUUGGAGAGGGCCAAGCAGAAUGUGCUGGAGAACUACCUCCUUGUGGGGAUCUUGGAGGAGCUGGAGGAUGUUCUGCUUAUGCUGGAGAGACUCUUACCCCAUUACUUUUCUGGAGUACUUGACAUUUAUAAGAGUCCAGAAUAUCGAAAAAUGGGAAACCUGACCGGCACGGUCAGAAAACAUACCCCUACGCUCGAGGCCCUGCAGGUGUUGUAUCACCGCAUGCGCUACGAGUACGAGUUCUAUGACUUCAUCCGUGAUCAGUUUCACCUCAUGAAGAAGAAAAUUGGCCUGAGAUCCACCUCUCGCCCGCCGGUCUACCCGCCAGAUUUUUUACGUGAACUGGCCCUUCGAACACCUGAACCUUUAGAUGAAGAUGAAGAGCUAGACUCAGACCUGGAGGAUGCCAACAGCUGGCUGGUUCAUCCCUGAAGAAAGCGUAAACAGUGGAUAAAGCCAAACAAUAGAGUCGACUAAAACUGGCUAAAGAAAGCUUGAGAAACCCACAGGAAUAGUGGCAGUAUGUCCCAUCUUUUGGAUGUUGGCACCUUUACUUUGGAGAGUUCGGUUUUUCGUCUUCAAGCUCUUAUGAUGAAAGACCCAGCACUUUGGACUUACGCAACUGAAAGAAACAAAAAUGAUCUAUUUAAGAACUGGACAAGGACAGAUGAAAAUAAUUACAGGCUCAAGUUAUUUCAUAAUUGAUUUUACUGGAGCUUGUUAUGAGGGUUUUAUGAUCUUAACUGUUAUAAUCUCCAGGAGAGAUUAGAGGGCAAUUUAAUGUGUUGGGAUAUACACUAAAUGUUGAAGAGGAUUUCAGAGACAUUUCCAGUCAGACUUUUAUUUUAUAAAAGUGCUGAUUUAAUUAUAAAAAAUGACUUGGAGGGGGGGAAAGGGGAGUGCCAAAAGUAUUAUAUGUAUAUUAGUUGUGCAGGACUGUUAUAAGUGCCAAAUCUCAUUAGGAUGUCCAGUAACUGUGAGACAGGAAGCUUUGGGAUCACAGUUGGUAACAGUUGCAUUAAGUUAAGUCAGUUGUUAUAAGAUGUUUAUAACAUUUUAAGGAACUGUCAAAUGUUGUAAGGUAUGAAUGAGGGUUAAACCAAACACAUCUAUUAUGAAUUCAGAGAAUUCCACCUAGAUGUACAUGAAUGACUGAGUUUGACCUUGCCAACAGAGUAAUUUAGAAUAGUUUUGGGAAAUACAAUUCUUUGAGAGUAUGUCAGGGGUAUGAGUUACAUGCUAAAAGCAUUAGGGUGCCUCAUUUGUAAUCCAAAGGUGAAAAGAAAUCAGAGUUUACCAAAUAACUAUUCUGCUGUGAUGCUUUUUUAAACUGUAUAA